UCCUUGAUGCCCAUUAAACAAUGAAAAUGCCAUUUUACCAAUCAUCCUUUCCCCUGUAUAGGAAACAACCAUCAUUGCUCCCAACAAUCCUUUUCAACCUUAGAAACCUGAGCUUCUAAGAUAUUCCCUCCUUCCAUUCUUUUUCUCUUAUGCUUCCCCUCUCUUCUCCCGGUUUAAAUACCCCUCCAUCUAUUGUUACCUUCUUCCCCCCUCCCCUCCAAAGACACACCCACCUCCUCCUCCUCCUCCUCCUCCAACUCUUAUGCUACCAUCCCAUCACUUUUCUUUCCUUUAUACUUGCACGGAGAGCUGUUAUAGUGAGUGUGAGUGAUCAGUGAUCCUCCCCUGAUUGAUUCCUCCCCUUGAAAUUAGCACAAUGGAUCCUUCCUCUACAAAUUCUGUCAAUGGUUUCUACUCUUUUCUAACCAGAGGGAUCGAUGAUCUUGAACGUGUUUAUCUCGCCAACAACUUCAUGUCGAUUCAAUUCCUUCAAAGAGUUCUUUCUUUAUUAAGAUCUUUUCAUUCUCAGUUGACUUUGCUUGUCCAAAAACUCCAUUUGCCUGUUGGUGAUAAGUGGCUUGAUGAAUACAUGGACGAGAGUUCUAAGCUAUGGGAGGCAUGUCAUGUCCUUAAAUCAGGCGUAUCUGGCAUCGAGAAUUACUAUUCUGCUGGAUUCAAUAUCACCUCUUCUCUUGACAAUCAUCGCCAUCUUAGCCCCCAGCUCUCUCGCCAGGUCAUAAGGGCAAUUUCCGGGUGUAGAAGGGAAGCAGUGGGAUUAGAAGAAGAUAACAGAGCUUUAAUGGAAACAAGAAUCCAACCGCUAUCUUUGAGGUUUGAUGAGAAGAUUUCUAUUGAAUCCAAACUCAACGGAUUCAAUGGUUUUCGAGGAGUUCUGUAUGCAAUGAGAAACGUAAGCUCUUUGCUACUAAUGAUCUUGCUCUAUGGACUGGUCUAUUGUUGGCCAGAAUCAAGUUUUCUGCGAGGAGGGUACGAAGGGUGCUUGUUUUUUGGAUCAGCUUUCAUGAUCUCAACAGGAAGAUUGCAGCAGAGAGUAGCAGCAGAGAUAAACCAGAUAAAUGGGAGGCCAGGGAUUCUGCUUUACGAGUUCAGGAGAUCAAAGAUGGCCAUGGAGGAGCUCAGAGGGGAGCUUGAGAGAAAGUGUGGACAAGGAGGAGCUGUAGAGUGGGAAACAGAGGUGGGGAUGAGAGAAAGAGUGGACAACUUAAGAGGGUGUUUUGGGGUGUUGAGAUCUGGAGCUGAAAAUAUUAUUGGGCAGCUUGAUGAUUUCUUUGAUGAGAUUGUUGAAGGAAGGAAGAAGCUUUUGGACUUUUGCAGUCAUAGGUAGGUAGGAAGAGAGAGAGAGAGAAAAAGAAGAAGAAAUAGAACGGUUGAGAAUUAAAAAAAAAAAAUACAAGGUAGAUGAAGCAGUUGUUGGGGUGGUUGUACCUUUAAGCCUUCUCUUCUCUAUUUAUUUUUUCUCCUUUUCCUCUUAAUUUUCAUAUAUUUUUCCUUUCCCCUUCCAUGUGGAUUUCUUGUUUGUUACGGUUGCUGUGGUAGUUCUGUAGGUUUUGGUUGGAAACCAAAAGGAAAAGAUGUUGAACUGAACGAAGUAAACAUGAAAAAGAUUGGGCAGUUCAGUUCAGUUAGUUCAGGGAGAUCGAGUUAUUAUGCAGGGACUACGUUGUUACGCUUUUUUGACAUGAAAAUGAAAAUCCAGCUUCUUGUUGCUUCCUACCCAUUUAUUGCAGUGAAACAACACGAAAGGAAAGCUGCUUCUUGUAGGGAGAGAGAGAUACGACAUGUUAGAAAAAAUCCUUAGAUUUUCCUCUUGUUCCGGUUGCGUAGUCAUGGAAGUGCUCUUUAGUUGUUGCACUAAAUGACCAAUCAUUCUAGGAGUGAAAAAUGAUGGAAAAAGGAGACCUAGGACUUGUAGAGAGGACUGUGAUAUUCCUGGGUUCGCUUUAAUUUCAAAAGAAGCCCUCCCUCUUAGCUCCUUAGGAAGAAAUCUUUUGUCUGAUACGGUGUCUGAUACGGGUUCACUUUGAAAGCAAUGGAGUUGAUGAUGAAAGCUUCUUAGCACAGCACUCUUCUUCUU